AUUCUGAAAUACUAGUCAUCAAUUAUCAAAUAUGGUAAAACUACAGAUAACCCUGUUGGCAAUAUUGCUGGCAUCCUUGUCAGAAGCUAAGCCCGUUUUGCCAACACUGCUGGAAACUAAUAAUCAGGCUGUUACUAAAGCACCCGGUGUUUUUGAAACAGGAUAUUUUCCCACGGAACUCAAUAACGUGAAGGAAUCAGAACUUGCUCCAGGUUCACCUCCCAAACCAUUGUUACUUGCUAGACCAACUGUAGCUGGCAAAUACCCUGUCAUUCUGUUUAUUCAUGGUACCUGCCUCCUAAACUCGUUCUACAGUGACGUCCUUGUGCAUGUGGCUUCCCAUGGAUUUAUCGUGGUGGCUCCUCAGAUAUAUACUUGUACAGUCUUUGGUGCAAUACCUGUAAUUCCUAUAGACGGACAGAAAGAAGUAGACUUGUCAACAGAAGUUGCAAACUGGUUACCUUCAGGUCUAAAAUCAGUGCUAAAGGGAAGUGUUCAAGCAAAUCUAGACAAGCUUGUUAUUUCAGGCCAUAGUAGAGGAGGAAAGACAGCAUUUGCUAUGCAACUUGGAUAUUCUACAGAUGCUCUAACAACAAAAUUCUCUGCACUAGUGGGUCUAGACCCAGUAGCAGGAACUAGUAAAGAAAGCAGAACCGAUCCCAAAGUUCUCACUUACAUUCCUCACUCUUUCAACUUAUCAAUUCCAGUUUCCGUAAUUGGUACUGGGUUAGGUAGCCAGCCAUCUUGUUGGUUGGUCUGUCCUGCCUGUGCGCCGGAUGAAGUGAACCAUGCUGAGUUUUACAACGAGUGCAGACCUCCUGCUAGCCACUUUGUGGCUACAGAUUAUGGCCAUAUGGACAUGUUAAAUGAUGAUUUAUCAGGUUUGAUGGGUAUUAUGGCAAAGAGCAUGUGCAAGAACAGCAACAAACCUAAGGAUCCGAUGAGGAAAACUGUAGGUGGGAUCAUUGUGGCAUUUCUGAAGGCUUAUUUCUACGGGAACAGUAGAGACUACAAUACCAUUUUGCAAGAUCCUUCUGUUUCUCCUGCUACGCUUUAUCCCGUCGAAUCCAUGAAAGCAAAAUACCUAGCUCAAGCUUAAAGCUAAGUAGCAAUGAGUUUAUAUCUAUGCAUGUCUGCGUGCUUCCACGUAGUAAUCUAUAAAUAAAGAAGAGGCUAACGAGCGUGUGUGUUAGCUUAAUCAUGUAGUUAUGUUAAGUCUCUAGGUGUGUACUCAUGCCUCCGAGUAGUAAUCUAUAAUAUAUAUAUAUAUAUAUAUAUAUAUAUGCCA